GUGCUGGUAGGGUAUAAUUUCUCCUGCAAGAUGAACGGAAACCCUGCAAAAACCCUCGCAUCAUAUUUUUGCAAUUUGCACGUAGCAGUCUUCCUAAUCUCUAUCUCUUCUAUUCAAUGUUUACAAAGAACUUAGGGUUUUGAAAACUGGGAUGGGUUUGACCAAUUUCAUCAUCACGGUGGCCGGUGUCAGCGCCGUCAUUCUUCUGUUAAGGAGCGAUGUGAAGCAAUCGGCUUCCAUUUUUAGGCGCAACGUCAAGCACAUCCGUCAAUGGCUCGAAGAAGAAUCCGCCGCUGCCUCCAAGGCGUCAGAGAAUGCAACACCCAAGGAACUGGAAUCAAAGGUUCAGAAAAAAGAUACCCCCAAGGAGGACAAGCACUAGGGUCUGUAUGAAAGGCUUGCAUCUUAAGAGAUUUUAGAGUCCUUUCUUUCCAUUUGGUGGACUUCAGUUAAAAUAAGUCUUGUUUAAUGUCCAGGGAUGUCCGUAGUUAAAGUUUCUUAAAUUCGUUUAGCCUUUUUGCAGUCGCUUAAAAUGUUGAUUUGAUCUAAUUAAAAUUAAAUUGUACUUAUAAAAUUUAAAGUGUGGCUAUUGUAAGUUUAACUUUAUACAAGAAGAACGAGUAUAAUAGUCAUCCCUUAAAUCAAAUAUUUGUGCCGAGAUUAGCCUUUUUGCAGCC